UAUAUUCCGUGUAUUAAUUAAUCGAGGCGGACAACAUCCUCAGCAACGAAACUUCCUCAGCAAGAAAAAAAUCAGUGUACUGCGGAUUUCUCUCUGAACAACGAAACAUGGAGAUAAUUCUGGCAGAAGAAGCCAAGCCAAGGCCACCAUCUCUUGAAGAAGCCAAGGCCUCCGAGAGCCAAUUUCUGGCAGAAGUUCAGGAAUUUAAGGCCACAGUACCUGAAAGCUAUGAGGAAUUGUGCUCUUGCUUGAUGGCGAAAAUCAAUGAACUUGAGGAUGAGAAGGAACAACUACAAAAAACCAUUCAGGAUUCUGAGGAUGCAUUUGUGGAACACUCAGAACAAUGUCAAGGCGAGAAGUUUGAACUUCUGUCUUAUAUUGGAAGCCUUCAGAAAGAAAUAUCAAGCUUAUCUUCUUCAUCCCUUAACAGGGAGAAUGAAUCACUUAGAAAAGAAUUGGAGAAAACAAAAGCAAAGCUAAAAGAUACAGAAGCCAAACUUAAGAAUGCCAUUCAAGAGAAAACAAAAUUCGAGAGUGAAAAAGCUUGUGCGGAGAGGGAAAUCAAACUCUUGCAUGGACAGAAGGCUGUUUUUGAGCGUGACAUAAACAAACAUGACUCCCUCGUGGGAAGAAGGCGUGAUUCUGCUAUUGGUAGGGGCUCGAAUGCGUUUGAGGCAAAAAGGGACAAACGAUCAUCCUAUUUAGCCGAACCGAGUAUGCAGGAAGACUUCAUGAAACUUGAAGUCCUUGCGUUUGAGAUGGAGAAAACUAUUGCUUCACUGGAAGAGGAACUUGCAAACUCAAAUAAGGAAAAAGAAGAGGCAGAGAGUAGAGCUGAGAGUUUGGCAUCUGACAUACAUAAAUUAUCUGAUGAAUUAGAUGUGUCCAAAACAGAGCUAAGCGCUUUGAAAGAAGAGGUUUUGCAUCUUACAUCAAAUUUGGAAGAAUCCAGGUCUCAUCAUCAGGGAUUGAAAAGCACCAUAAAUGCAUUGUAUGGAGAGAAGGAUGACCUUGCAAUGCAACUUGCUGAUGCCCUUUUAAGUAUAGAGGAAAGAAAGGUUAUAUGGUCUGCCAUGGAAAAAACUUUAGUUGAAGCCAUUGAUGAAAAAACAGACUUAUAUAAUGUUGAGAUCGCCUCUUUAUCCAAGGGAUUGUCUGAGGCGCAACAUGAACUUGAAAUUUACCGAGAGGAGUGCAACCUCCUAAAGGAAAGUUUGACACGUUCAGAGAGAAGUGCAUCACUUGAAAAAACUUUCUGUGAGAAAUCACUAGAGAAUGAUCAGAUCCGAAAUGAACUAAGAGUUGUUGAGGAACACGACACAAAUAUGCAAGAGGCUGUAACGCGUGUACGGAGGAUAGAGAAUUCUGUUAGUAAUCAGGGACAUGUGACACAUGAUCCACAACAAGUGGGAGUUAGGCACAGCUCUCGGGUGAAAAAAGAAAAUAUAAGGCUGAAAGAUUACGAAAUUGGGGCAAGAAGGAGGUGAAGAAUACUGCUUCUGUUCACUGAGAGAUGAAUCUCUGGAGCCAACCAGUUUAAUUGUUCCAUUGUUUUCUUUCCUUCUUAAUGUUUGAGACUUGUUGCCAGACAAUUGUUGCUGUAAAUGUUAAAAAAAAAGACAAUUGUUGCUAUUAAUAAAUUUGUAAUCUGCGUUAGUAUAUCGUUUCAUUGGUGCUUUCAUUGUACUUCCCUGGCUGAGGGCAUUUGUUUGAAGGAACUGCAAACGGACAUUCGUUCACAUGCGUCGAAUUGGCCAAACAAUGGAUAUACGCUAUCAGGAGCAAAAUGAAAGGAUAAUGCAAAUCAGACAUCUAUGGAGCAGAUCCAAUUGACUGUGAAUCAGUUCUUGCAAAGUACUUUUCAACCACCUGGGAGUUCCAUGAGCUGGCUCCGGGCACCCGGCCAGUCCGGUUCCAGCCCCGGACCCGGUUCCCAUCAUGUAUUUUUUUAGCUUUUUGACCGGCCGAAGAUAAAAAAAUCCAGGCCGCUCCGGUCCUAGGCCCAGAACCGCUCAAAACAGACCCGGUCUGAGCCAAAACAGUGCCGAACCCAAUUUUUAUUGAGGGUAAUUAGAUAUUAGGCAAAGCUCUAUAUUAUUAAUUUUUUGUAAUGAGUGAGGUAAUUUAUUAAGUUGCUCCAUUAAAAUGAAUAUGCAUCCACAAUGUAUUGAUAGGUAUUGAUC